AAGCGGCUAGAGGCCGGAGGCGGGGGGCGGGGCGGUAUCUUCCCUCUGUACACGCGACACUGAGCGGCUAGGACGGAAGCUGGGGCUGCUGAGGCAGUAGCUGCAGCCCCCAUCGCCACCCCCGGGGCCUGUGGGCGCGCCCAUCUCCCCCACAUAACUUUUUAAAGAUCUGAGACGUUGAACAUAAUAUUGAUAAGCUUUGAAUAAUGGGAAGAAGCUACAUAGUAGAAGAAGCUGUUGGACAAUACCUUUUAAACUUCAGCAACCAAGAAAAGGCAUUUGUCUCUGGUCUUUUGAUAGGACAGUGUUCUUCACAAAGGGAUUAUGUAGUUCUUGCCACUAGAACACCACCUAGAGAAGAGCAGAAUAAAGACACAAGAUCUUCUCAGUCACCACUGGAUGACCUGGAUGAAGAAUGGAUUACAGCCCAUGCCAAUCAGGUAUCUAGAAUGCUACCAGGAGGUUUAUUAGUUCUUGGAAUAUUUAUUAUUACUACUCCAGAUCUUGGGAAAGAUGUUCAAAAUGCCCUACGCAGGCUAGUGUUUGCUGUGGAAAAAUCUAUUACUAAAAAGAGACUAUGGAAUCUCACAGAAGAUGACAUCUCCGACCGGGUCACGCUUCAUGUCUGCUCAUCUACAAAGAAAAUACUUUGUCGCACUUAUGAUACCCGUGACCCAAAGAGUUCACCAAAACCUGCAGACUGGAAAUAUCAGAACGGACUAUCUACUUCAUGGCUUUCUUUAGAUUGCACAAUUCAUGUUAACAUUCAUGUUCCACUUUCAGCCACAACUGCUAGUUAUCCCCUGGAGAAAAAUACAAAGAAUGGACUUGCACGCUGGGCCAAGCAAAUUGAAGGUGGUAUGUAUUUGAUCAAUGGACAAGUUAAAGAGGAAGAUUGUGAACUGCUAGAAGGACAGAAAAAGUCUUCUAGAGGAAAUACUCAAACUACUAGUCAAACUUUUGAUGUCAGGGUCCUGACACAUUUGCUCCUUAAUUCGAAUCACAGAUCUACAGCUACAGUCCAGGUCUGCAGUGGUUCUGUAAACCUCAAGGGUUCUGUGACAUGUAGAGCUUAUAUUCACAGCAACAAACCCAAAGUUAAAGAUGCUGUGCAGGCAUUAAAGAGAGAUAUAUUGAACACAGUGUCUGAUCGUUGUGAAAUACUAUUUGAAGAUCUUCUUAUGAAUGAAAUACCAGGCAAUAAAGAUUCUGAAAAAGAAUUCCAUGCUCUUCCACAUCGAAUAUUUGUCCCUGUUCCUGGAUUGAGUGUAAAGCUGUGUGAUUAUAAAUUUGGAGAUGAGUCGACUCAGGAGAUACAGGAACAUUUUAUGGAAUUGUUGGAUCAGCACAUAGGAAUAGAUGAUCUAGAAAUUGCAGAGGAAAUCAAUACAGCCAGUAUAAAUUCAUGUAUGAAAAGGGAAGACAUUCCAGAAAACACAUAUGAUGAUCAACCAAAGCAUCUGGUUAAAACUACAGUGGCAUUGAGAAUUCAACAAAACAUAGGUGUGGUGAUAGCAGCUGCAGUGGCACUUCUUGCUGCAGGCUUUUCCUUUCAUUACUUCAGUGACUAAUCUUAGGCACAAAGAGCUUUCUACUCAUUGUGGGAACACUGACCAGGAAUGAGGGGCUGAUCCUGAAGAUGCAAGCAAGACCUAAAGACUUAAAGAAUAAUAGGCAGAUGUGUUUCCAUAAAUGGCUAAUAAGUGUACUUCUGAUUUGUCGUAUAAUCUCUCUCUGCCUUGUGUAGGCAUGCCAUUACUGUAGGUGGAAGAGAUUUCCAAAAAUAAAGUGGCUUAUCUAGCUAAAAAUUUAAGUUACAUGUAAUAGAAGAUUAUUAACCAUAAACAAUAAAAACAAAAACAGGUAUAGCAACAAUGUGAUGUAGUAGAAGGACUACUGAAUUUGUAGUCAAAAGACCUAGGUUUGAGUCCUGCUUCUGUCACUUAUUAUCUGGGAGAACUUCGGCAAAUCAUUUUAACUUCCUGAGUUUUAGUUUCCUCAUUUAUAAAUGGGGAUAAUAAUACCACCUACCUCACAGGGUUGUUGUGAGGGUCUAAGGAAAUGCAUAUACAGCGCUUUAGAAGAAAAAGCAAUAUAUACAUAUAAGCCAUUAUUUAUUGUCUUUUUGAAUUGUGACACCAAUCAGGAUGUAUAAAAAUCUCAGUACCAUAGAAGGAUGCCUCAUGUUCCUUGUAGGAGAGAAUGAUUGGACAGAUCACACAACGGGAAAGAAAGCCUACCAUGUAGGCCACCACCUUGGACCCUCCACAGCAGGCAGAUAGAAUGGUCCAAAUAAAACACAUGGGGAUCAAGACCAUGUAGAUGCUCAGUAUCUCUUGUUAGCAUAUUAUAAUUAUCUUUUUAGACAUCAUUGAUAAAAAGUUUUGGUAUAUUCUAAGUGCUAGUCUAAUUUUUCUGUUUAUUGUGUCUUGCUUGAGGAUUAUAAGCCUUUAAAAAUGUUAUAACUCUUUAAUUAGAAAACUGCAUCAAUGCAGCAGAAAAUCAGUUGAUUUUUCUUGAUAUCAUGCUAUAAACUAAUAUUCUUACUGGGAAAAUUUUGGUAGAGAUAUUAAACAAUAUCCAGAUGUAGUCCUUGAAUCCUUGUAUAUACAUGUGUGUGUAUAUAUAAUAAUACCCUAUGAGAAGAUAAUAUUAUUACAGUAAUGUAACAUACUUCACUUGUGUAUUUUCAGCAUCUUGGAUAAAAGGAUAUAAAGCCCUGAUGAGGACCCAAAUUACCCUGUUUCUUUCUACAAUUUUAGCAGAUAUAAUAUUAACCUUAUUUCAGUGUGUUGUUUUGGUGUCUCUUUGAAGUAUUCUGAACAAAUGCUAUUCUCCCUAUUGCAGAUAAAGAAGCUCAGGCUUA